GAAUUGUCAAAUUCGAUUUAUGGAACUGUCAUUUGGUUUUUGUUUCGGUUCCCGUGAAUAAUACGAAACCGAAUCUGUUUUCAUCUUGAGUUUGUGAAGUGAUAUUUUCGUUUCAAAAUGGCUCUGUUCCCUGGAACGGUGGCCUUCGACGAAUAUGGCCGUCCAUUUAUAAUUCUGAGGGACCAAGAUAGGCAAAAACGGCUUACCGGUAUCGAUGCCUUGAAGUCCCACAUCUCAGCAGCCCGUCAGAUUGCGAGCAUCCUCCGUACAUCUCUUGGACCCCGUGGCCUUGACAAGCUCAUGGUGUCUCCAGACGGUGACGUGACCGUGACUAACGAUGGAGCCACGAUUCUGAAGCUCAUGGAUGUCGACCAUCAGAUUGGAAAGCUCCUGGUACAGCUGGCACAGAGUCAAGAUGAUGAGAUUGGUGAUGGAACUACUGGAGUCGUGGUGUUGGCUGGAGCUCUACUGGAGCAGGCUUCGAUCCUCCUCGACAAAGGAAUCCACCCGAUCCGCGUCGCCGACGGCUUCGAGAUGGCGGCGGCCACGGCCCUCGCGCACCUGGACUCCAUCAGUGAAGCCUUCCCCGUCAACAAGGACACAAGGGAGCACCUCAUCAAGGUUGCCAUGACAACGCUCGGAAGCAAAGUUGUUGUGAAGUGCCACCGGCAGAUGGCUGAGAUUGCCGUUGAUGCAAUCCUAUCAGUAGCUGACUUGGAGAAGCGUGACGUGAACUUCGAGCUGAUCAAGGUCGAGGGUAAGGUCGGCGGCCGCAUGGAGGACUCCAUGCUGGUCAAGGGAGUCGUCAUCGACAAGACAAUGAGCCACCCGCAGAUGCCCAAGACGUUGAGGGACGUGAAGCUAGCCAUCCUCACAUGCCCGUUCGAGCCCCCGAAGCCCAAGACCAAGCAUAAGUUGCACGUCGGCUCCGUAGAGGAGUACCGCGAGCUGCGCUCUUAUGAACACGAGAAGUUCCUCGAGAUGGUGCGACGAGUCAAGGACGCCGGCGCGACCCUGGCCAUCUGCCAGUGGGGCUUUGAUGACGAGGCCAACCACCUGCUGCUGUCGGAGGGCCUGCCGGCGGUCCGCUGGGUGGGCGGGCCCGAGAUGGAGCUCAUCGCCAUCGCCACGGGAGGACGCAUCGUGCCCCGCUUCGAGGAACUCACGCCCGACAAGCUGGGCUCCUGCGGGCUCGUCAGGGAACUUACGUUCGGCACGUCGAAGGAGGAGAUGUUGGUGAUCGAGGAGUGCUCCAACAGUCGCGCCGUCACGCUGCUCAUGCGCGGCGGGAACCGCAUGAUCGUGGACGAGGCCAAGCGAUCCGUACACGACGCGCUGUGCAUCGUGCGCAGUCUCGUCACGGACUCGCGCGUGGUGUACGGCGGCGGCGCGGCGGAGGUGUCGUGCUCGCUGUCCGUGGCGCGCGCGGCCGACAAGCUGGCCUCGCUGGACCAGUACGCCUACCGCGCCUUCGCCGACGCGCUCGAGGCCAUACCCCUCGCACUCGCAGAGAACAGUGGUCUAUCUCCCAUUGACACACUAUCAGAGGUGAAGUCACGGCAGGUGGCUGAGAACAACCACAACUUGGGUAUUGACUGCAUGGGAACAGGCUCAAACGACAUGAAAGCGAUGAACGUGAUCGAAUCCCUACACUCUAAGAAGCAACAGAUAUCACUCGCAACACAGCUCGUCAAGAUGAUACUCAAGAUCGAUGACGUGCGCUCCCCAGCCGACUCCAUCGACUAAAAGUAUUAAUAUAAUGUCUAUUUACUGUUAUAUGUAUGAUCUUUAUAAUAAAACACACAAUAUCAACAUUAAUGAGGAUUUUAUGGGCGUUUGAACAACCGUAAAAGUGGUUUGGUAUUGAGCCGUUUGUAUCUUUGCUCUUGCUUAUUGCUAUGUUCACAAAUGUCUGACAGAGUAUGUUUUUGUAAUAGGUGAAAUGUUAAUUCAACUGCAAAAACGUGGAAGUGUUCAUUUUGAAACUCCUAGUUAAAAUUAAACAAGAUUUCAGCGUUUUUAAAAGGAGCGAGUGGAAGUUAAAUUUUCUAUUUGUUCUGGAAGCAAAACUGCAGGUUUGCCACCAGUUUGUGAAUACAGCAGUAACAGUCAAGAAGUCAAAAAGCAAUUGAGCAAUUACCAAAACAAUUUAAAUACUACAAUUUACUAUAAAAAUGUCAGAAAAUAAUUACCGAAGUGUAAAAUCACAAUACAUUUAUUUAUGUACUGUUAGAAUUAAUUGUUUUAUUGUAACCUUUUUCGCUAGGCGGUACGCUAGACGUCCUGAGCUUAUCUCAAAUGUAUUAAUUUUACCAGUGCGGUGCAAGUAUUUGAUGUAACAUGCAUCUGGUUCGACUGUGGGUGCUAAUAAACUGUGACUAAGUAAAAUAUAUGUAGGAACUACUACUGUCUACGGCUCUUUUAACACCGCAGAAGGUUGUACAUCAACCAUAUGAUAACAAGUCGAAAAAAAUGCAGUAAGUACCAAUAUUGAUUGGUAUAAACUGUGAUUAAAACUUUUCGUUACUGGUUAAUAAUCGACUACUUUAUCACUAAACACGAUGAGUAUGUCAUGAUGAACUUCAUCGUAUUCGGUUCAGUGGUUUUUGAGAAAAAUUACUAUAUACAAUCUGUAAUUUGGUUUUGCUGAUUUACGGUUUAUUAGCAUUCACAGUUAUUUUGUCUUAUCAAAUCGCUUAGCAUUUUCGCUAAGUUUCACACGGACUUGGCAAUAAUUAUAAUGUUUAUGUAAGUUUUGCAUUUCAAUGUAUGUGCGUGGUUUAUACCAAACAUGUGAUGGAUGCCUUAUUGCACUAAUAAAAUAAUAAGCUAAUUUA